AUGGCGGCGAUGGCUGACACCAUGUUUUUUUCACUGGCUUCGGUGGAAGAUCCCAUCCGCGUUCUCGGACGGGGUGCUUUCGGUGAGGUGUUUUUGGUGCGGACAGCCUCGCCACACUCGCCGCCGCGCGCCGGGUCCUUCUUGGCACUGAAGCGGGUUCGCCUGAAAAUGUCGGAAGCCGGUUGGAGCAAAGCUGUGCUCGAAGCAGAACUCUUAUCGAAACUGAGCAAGGAGAGCCCGUACAUUCUUCAGUGUUACGAUUUCCGAAUGUUGCAAGAACCUGUACCCUGUCUGGAGCUCUUGCUGGAGUUCGCGGCGCUGGGUGACCUUUGCCGACGGCUGCGGCAGUGCAAAGAGGAAGGACCUGGCUGCCGACUUCCUCAGCCAGAGAUGUUGAACUACACCCUGGACGUCGCACAAGGUUUGGCCUUCUUGCACGGACUUCGGCCCAAGGUUUUUCACCGCGAUGUGAAGCCAGCUAACAUUAUGUUGUGCCAUCCAAAGAAGAGGAGCGACACGCCCCAAGCCAAGCUGGCGGACUUUGGAGUCGCCAAGGUCCUGGAAUCGGAGGCUUCAACUGCCGGAACCGAAACAUUUAUUGGAACGCCACAUUAUCUAUCUCCUGAAGUUUUUCGUGGCGAAGUCUAUGACGAAAGGGCCGACUCUUGGGCACUCGGGUGUGUGAUUUACGAGAUGAUGUGUCAAGUGCGACCUUUUCAUCGAUUCGAGAGCAAUGUCGCGCUGCUUUCCUUGCGAAUAUCGCAGGGAGAUUAUGACCGUGACCUGCUAUGGCAACAGUCGCACCAACACUCUGAGACGCUUCUGCAACUUGUGGAGGGUCUUUUGGAGGCCAAUCUGGAGGAUCGCCGAAGAGCAGCUGAUCUUGUUCCGUGCUGGCCAGAAGUGCUUGCAUCCUGCAGGGAUCAAAGAGAGGCAAGUGCUCCAUCGUGUUGGACGGAAGUACCGACGGAUCCAGAGCCGUCUGAAACUGCGGCUGCGUCUGCGCUGUCCUUCGACAGUGAAAGCUGGCGCCAUGCGGAGAUACCGACGGAUGGCAUUGCUGAGCUGGAGGCGGUACUACAAACCAACCCUUACACUUUCGGGAUGCAAAGUCAGGUGCUGACAAUGCAACCUGACCCUCACCACGAGUCGCGCUUUGGUGGUAUGGACAUCCUGGAUUCCCAGCAGCUUCUCUUGAGACUUUCGUGCGUUUCGUCCCUGGCCGUUUUUUCAGAACCUGAAUGCGGUUUUCAUGUCUUCCGCCUGCUUUGUUCCUGGCGGCCGGCGGUUUGGUUUGCUAACGUCGUGUUUUUUGAAGCACCCUGCUGA